AUGAAGACAAAUCGAAGAUGCAGAGCCCUGCUAGCAGUGAGUCUGAAUCUGAUGGCUCUCCUCUUCUCUACAACAGCUUUUAUCACGACCCACUGGUGUGAGGGCACACAGAGGGUCCCCAAGCCGAGCUGUGGGAAAGAGAGGAAGACAAACUGCCUCAACUACAGUGGGAAUGAGACUGCGAAUGAGACAAACCAGAAUGUGGUUCAUUACAGCUGGGAGACAGGAGAUGACCGCUUCCUUUUCAGGUAUUUCCACACUGGGAUCUGGUACUCCUGUGAGGAAAAUAUCAAUGCUGCUGGUGAAAAAUGUCGAAGUUUUAUUGACCUUGCCCCGGCUUCUGAAAAAGGUGUCCUGUGGUUAUCAGUAGUAUCCGAGGUGUUGUACAUCAUGCUGUUAGUCGUCGGAUUCAGCCUUAUGUGCCUCGAGCUCUUUCAUUCAAGCAGUGUGAUAGAUGGGCUCAAGUUAAAUGCCUUUGCUGCUGUCUUCACUGUGCUUUCAGGUCUCUUGGGGAUGGUGGCACACAUGAUGUAUACUCAAGUUUUCCAAGUGACAGUCAGCCUUGGGCCAGAGGACUGGCGACCACAUUCAUGGGACUAUGGAUGGUCCUUCUGUCUGGCAUGGGGCUCUUUCACCUGCUGCAUGGCGGCCUCCGUUACUACCUUGAACUCUUACACUAAGACUGUCAUUGAGUUCAGACACAAGCGCAAAAUCUUUGAGCAGGGCUUUCGAGAAGAGCAGAACUUCCUAGACCAGGAAGCCAUCAAGUACUUCAGAGAAAGGUCAGUGCAGUCAGUCGCUCGAUCAGUGGAGGUUUUCAUGGACUCUGCUUGUCUCAGAAAAUCCAGGCUCUCACCCAUUUCAGCGCAAGUGGGUGAAGUCUCUGAGAUACUUGGAGAAGAUGUGUGUUAA